CCCCCCCCCCUCUCUCUCUCAUCAUCAUCAUCAUCGUUGUCGUUAAUUGAUAUAUAUAUGUACGCAUAUAUAAAUUAAAUGCAGAGGUAGGGUUUCUUAAUUUAAUUCACUGAAGAAUUGGUGGAGUACGUACGAACGUUGCUGUGCUGAUUUUGAAAUCGAUGGGUCUCACUUCUCUGCAAGUCUGCAUGGAUUCUUCAGAUUGGCUUCAGGGCACAAUUCAUCAGGUGGAGGAGGCAGGCAUGGAUUCAUCUUCUUCCCCGUCGGGAGACAUGCUAGCAUGCCCAAGACCCUUGAUGGAGAGGAGGCUGAGGCCCCAACACGACCAAGCCCUCAAGUGCCCGCGCUGUGAAUCCACCAACACCAAGUUCUGCUAUUACAACAACUACAGCCUCUCCCAGCCCCGCUACUUCUGCAAGACUUGCCGGAGGUACUGGACCAAAGGAGGCACGCUCCGGAACAUUCCCGUCGGCGGCGGCUGCAGAAAGAACAAGAAGGUCUCCUCUAAUUCCAAGAAUAAUAAUAAAUCCAACGAUCAUCAUCCGUCGAUCCAAAACCAUGCUGGAGGCGGUGCUUCAUCCAGCUGCUCCCACAGCCCCACUGAUCUGCAGCUUUCCUUCCCUCACGAGGUGCAUCUUUCCCACCUUACCAACUUGCUGGGGAGCCAUGGGGCACUUACAAACCCUAGCUACAAUGCCAUGCUUGAGAACCCCAGGCCCAUUGAUUUCAUGGAAAGCAAGUUUGACGCUUUGAGAAGCCAUGAUUUCAUGGCUGCUGGUAGUGGUGAGCUGGGUUUGAUGGGUGGGCUCGGUGAUCACAUGAGCCACCAUGGGUUGGGACCAAACUUCCAUGCCCUUUGCUCUCCGUUUGGAAUGCCCAUUGACGGGAGCCCUAGCACUGGGCUAAUGCUUCCUUAUGAAGUAAAUGACAGCCAAAACGCCAUGGAUGUGAAGCCCAACACCAAGCUUUUGUCCCUUGACUGGCAGGAUCAAGGCUGUUCUGACGCGGGGAAAGACUCUUUUGGGUACAUCAAUGGCCUCGGAUCGUGGAGUGGCUUGAUGAACGGCUAUGGAGCAUCCACAACAAACCCAUUAGUCUAAACUAAUUUUGAGCACCAUCAAUGACCCAGAUUCGAUGCUUGCGCUGCUGCGGAUCAUCAAGAAACCUAGCUAUUAAUAAUUAGUAGUCUAGACUUGUCUGGCUUUAAAGGAAACAUUUUUCAUGUUUCUUUCUGUGAAGUUUUCUUCUUUAAAUCUCUUGUUUUAUUUAGUUGACUUUAUCAACAACCAUAUCGAUCGAGUGUGGAUUAUGAGAGCAUGAGAGAGAGUCUGAAAAUGUCUGCUACACUAGUAUACUGGUGCUUUAAAACUAUUGGUCUCUCCCAUCUUUUGCAUAUUUAUGUGGGGUGUUGUUCAUUAUGUGGGUACUGUUGUUCAAUCUUAAUCUAAUUAAUAUUU